AAACAACUCGGUCACUCAAACUUAUCAGUAACGACAACAAUUAAAACUUCUAUCAUAAUCACGAACAAAAAUUCAUUCCUUCUUGUACAAUAUCAAUCAAUAUAUUUGAGUCUAAUCAUAUUUCUAGCAGGAGUUGUCUUUGAAUAUCAGAUCAAACUUUUAGAUUACGCAUCCAUCACUUAAUAAGUGACAACGCAAACGUCGAAGGACAAACACAUCAUUAGAGCUACAGAAGAUACAAAAUCAACUUUUAUCAGUCAUGUCGUUCAUGGGUGGCGCAGAAUGCUCGACGGCAGGAAAUCCCCUUAGUCAGUUUACAAAACAUGUACAGGAUGACAAGAGUUUGCAAAGAGACAGACUGGUUGGUAGAGCGCCUGGAGGCGGUAUGCAGGGCAUGCGCUCAGGGAUGGACAUGAACGGCAGUCAAGAUCAUGUAGGUAGUCUAGGACAGCAUACUCAGUCAUACAGGGUGUAUCUCCGUGACAAUACUUACUAAUAUUAAAUUGCAGAUGCUGAACGAUUUCAUGCAACAAAAUGGCCAACUCCCACCAGAAGCUUUUGCUAUGCAACAUGAUCUUCACCAGAAUGCGCACAUGAUGAAUGGAUCUCAUUCUCCAGGUGUUGGCGGGUGGGCUCAGGAGUUUAAUCCUGGGAUGCCAGGAAUGUCAGAGCAGGCAAGGAUGGAGGCGGCGUUUCAAGCACCUAAAGGUACAGCUUUCAGUCCUGCGGAUUUCGCUAGAUUUCAACAGAUGGGGCAAUCAAGCUCCGCGCGCUCUGCAAGUCCCAUGACGCAGAAUAUGACGAAUGGUUAUUCCUAUCAAGGUCCUCAAAUGGGAAUGGGCAUGGGAAUGAUGGGAAUGAACAGAAUGGGCAUGGGUAUGAACAUGAACAUGAUGAACCAACCACAGUAUCAACAACCCGCGCAGAACUUACAACAGGAUAAAGGGAAAGGAAAGAUGGUUGAGCUCGAUGAUCAGAAUUGGGAAGAGCAAUUCAAGCAAAUUGACUUGCAGGGAAAGGAGCUCGAAGAGAGUUUGGCGGCGGAAGGAGAAUUAAAUGAAAUGGAUAGGUCAGUCCUUGAAUCCGAAACCAAUGAAUUUGGGGAUUUUGAAUCUAUUUGGAAGGGCAUACAAGCUGAAAACGCUGCUGCUAGGGAAAUGGCUGGCGAAGCAAGCCUAAACGAUAUGAACAUAGGCGAAUUCGGUCAAUGGGAUGGAUUUGAUACUGUGGGAAUACAUCAGUCACAAUUCCGCGAUCCACAACUCGGAGAUUAUAUGUUUGAAAAGGAGAACAUUUUUCAAGAUAUCACUAAUCCAUUUGACGAGGGGGUUAGGAUAAUGCAUGAGGGAGGUAACUUGUCUCUUGCUGCAUUAGCAUUUGAGGCUGCAGUACAAAAAGAUCCCCAGCAUACCGAUGCAUGGGUUCUCUUAGGUUUAGCACAAGCGCAGAACGAAAAAGAAACACCCGCAAUACGGGCGUUAGAACAAGCUAUGAAAAUCGAUCCCACGAAUCUUACAGCUCUCAUGGGCCUGGCAGUUUCCUACACAAACGAAGGCUACGACAGUACCGCUUAUCGUACACUUGAGCGUUGGCUCUCUGUCAAAUACCCAUCGAUCAUCGCACCAGGUUCUCUAUCCUCGGAGAAUGAUAUGGGUUUCACUGAUCGACAUCAACUUCAUGAAAAGGUUACAGACUUGUUCAUUCGUGCCGCUCAACUCUCGCCUGAUGGUGAACACAUGGACCCGGAUGUGCAGGUCGGUCUCGGCGUACUCUUCUACGGUGCCGAAGAAUAUGAUAAAGCAGUUGAUUGUUUUACCGCUGCUCUCGCAUCCACCGAAUCUGGAACGUCAAACCAAAGAGAUCAAGUUCAUCUCUUAUGGAAUCGUCUCGGUGCCACUCUCGCUAAUUCUGGCCGUAGCGAAGAAGCUAUCGCUGCAUAUGAGAAAGCCCUUACCCUUCGCACUAAUUUCGUGCGAGCUCGCUACAAUCUUGGUGUCUCUUGUAUCAAUAUUGGAUGUUAUGAUGAAGCUGCCUCUCAUCUUUUGGGUGCAUUAGCAAUGCAUAAAAUUGUGGAAAAUGAGGGCAGAGAAAAAGCAAGAGAUGUGCUUGGUGGUGGUAAUGUCAGUGAAGCCGAUCUUGACAGAAUGAUCUCGCAGAAUCAAAGCACGAAUUUAUAUGAUACAUUGAGAAGGGUGUUUAGUCAAAUGGGAAGGAGAGAUUUGGCGGAACGGGUGGUGGCGGGUAUGGAUGUUGAAAGCUUUAGGGGUGAGUUUGACUUUUGAUUGAAAAGCAGACAGUGUGAUGGAUUGAAGGGUGGAUAUAUAGGGACAUAUGAGCGGAUCAGUAGCGAUCUACUUUCAAUGAAAAAUAUGGGCCAGUAUGUAGUCGACCUACACUGACUAUGAAAUGCGUAUGUGGACGUCAAGAGAGAAUGUACCGAAAUAAUCUUGAGGUGGUGUGUCAAAUUUAUGGGAUUUGGAAUGAAUAAUAACUUUAGGGGGCCGGCUCGGUUAGGCUAUGCUGAACACAUUAUCAUAAAGGCAUAGAAUUAAACAACAUUCACAGC